AAGCUGGCACUUGUCAAUACCAGACAACCUAUAUAAUCUUAACUAUACAUACAUGUGUCUAUAUAUUAUACACACACAAUUAAAGUGUGUGUAUGAAUUGAAUUGAAUCGACCACUCCAGCAGAUCUGCACUCGAAAGAUACCUUGAACAAAAUCUCUCCUUCAACCCCUUAAAUCUUUUUUUCUCCAAAAUUCAACUGACCCAUUAAUUUAUAUACACACACAAGCUCUGUAUCUAUUCAAGAAUGCUGGAAUUAAGAGAUGGGAGUUGCUAUGAGAAGCCCUUAGUGGGUGUUAAUGUGGCGCUUGCUUUUGUUGAUGGCCUUAUUGCUCUUAUUGCAUUCUAUCAGUUAAUUAGGAUCCAUAUGAGGAACUCACAAGUUGGUUGGACACGCCAGAAAGUGUUUCAUCUAAUGAUUGGGUUGUCGAACUUGGGGUAUUUUCUCUACUUUGUGUUAAUUCUCUGUGCUGCUUGCAAGGGCUGGCUAUGCUGGUCAAACUCAUGUGGCUUCACUGUCAUGGCUGUUCCCGAUAUUCUAUUCCUUGCAGCAUUUCUUUUACUUCUGUCUUUCUGGGUGGACCUUUGCCAUCAGAAUAAUAAUGAUGAAGAUGAAGAAGAAGGAUGCAGUCCUCGAGAAGCUUUGUUGGAGAAGAUGGAAAAACCGAAUUCCAGUAGAGAUAGAUGCAGAAGAUGUUGCUCUUUCCGGCUCAGUCAUAUCGGGAGCCGCCAAAAAGUUGUACUAUUGGCCACACUAUUAAUUUUUGCUUUGAUGUUAGCCUCAUCUGUGUUGAUGUGGCUCGGAAUUGGAGAAGAAAAUCCUAUUGAUCCAUUAACUGUAUCUCGGGUAUACAAAGAUAUCUUUGCCACAGUCUCGCUACUAGUGGGAGGGGCAUUAGCAGGUUACGGACUUGUACUGUACUUGAAAAUGAGGAAAGUAAGAUCAGAGAGUGCUGCUUCUGAGAUGUGGAAGGUUGCAGGUUUGGCCAUUAUAUCUAUAGUGUGUUUUAUGUCGACGGCUUUUAUAGCUAUCUUCACAGAUAUACCUUUACUUUAUUCCUGGAAUGAGCUGAGCAUUAAUGGUUUCUGUACCUCUCUUCUACUAGUCUUGUACUAUUUUAUAGGUUCGUCAGUGCCCUCGGCAUUUAUAUUAUGGGUAAUGAGAGAAUUACCUCCAUCGUCUGUGGUGAAUGUGCAAGAAGAUUCGGGAAUCAUAGCCUUUAUAAAUGAUGAUUCAAUCAGAUUACAUCCGCAACAUUGGACUGCUUCUGCGAGCUUGCAAAAUCAGGCAUCAAGAGCGAGCCCUAUAUGAUUGCAAAUGUUGCAGUGAUAUGAUCAACUGAUACAAUGAAUGAUGGUAUAUACUCAUGGUGUAAAACUUGACAAGUUGUAUUAAGGUCCCUCAAUGAGAUGGUACCUGGUAUGAGGCUACAAUGAAACACACAUCCACAACAAAGCAAUCAGCAUGCAGACGUAAGACUGAAGCUACUUUGUUGUUGGUCAAGGCUCUUGUAAAUAGCUUAAGGGGACUAAUGGUUUACUUUCAUGUGCAUCGUUUCAAAUGUUGUCUAUGCACUUUCUUUGCAUUCCUAGAUUCGUUGUUGUAUAAGAUAGACGUAAAUUGGUAGAUGUUUAAAUAGAUUUUGUUUGGAUAUAAUGUUGCGGUAGUUGUUAAUUCCCUGUGAAGGGAAAGUAGACAGGUCAUAAUUCUCCUUGUGAUGAUGCUAUCAUGAGAGUGAGCUCCAACGAUGGCUAAUCCAAGCGCUCCAUGACAUUGACAAUUUGCCUCCCCUGUGAUCUCUCUCUUUGCGUAAUAUAUAGUCUCGGUGUUGAUGGAAA